AUGGAUGGUCACGAUUACUUGGUGUUCGCUUGCUAUUACAGCAGUCAGUCGCUAUUAGUCUUCCGGUGGAAUAAUGGAAAUUUUGAGUUGUACGAAACAAAGCAGAUUCAAGGAUUUCGAGACGUGGAACAUUUUGAAAUCGAUGGUGAACAUUACUUGGCCGCAGCCAGAUACAAGUCGGGUUCUUCGGCUAACGUCAAUUCCUAUAUCUACAAAUGGACCGGAGUUCAUUUUGCACUUUUCCAAACCAUUCCCACAAAAGGAGCAUUGAAAUUCAGUUUUACUCGUAUUGGAAAAAUGUUAUUUCUAGCCGUGGCCAACAUGGUAGACAGCGACAAACCACCUGACCAGCAGUUCAAGACUCCGUCCGUAGUUUACAAAUGGAAUGGAAAGAAAUUUGAAGACUUUAGAUAUCUCAAUACAACUGCAGCUGCGAGUGUCAGCUUUGUCAACAUGAGACACCACAGUUAUCUUGUAGUUGGAAGCAUCUUGGCAAAUGGAAUAUCAGUCUACAGAGCUGAAGGAUCGGGAUUCCACUUGUAUCAGAGAAUUCCUAAUGUCAACGCCACUCAUACAGAGUUCUUUCAAAGCAAUAAUCGCACGUACAUGUUUACAGCAGGUGGCCUAUAUGAAAACGGAUACGUUUCCAGUGUCUACGGAUGGAUGGAGUCGUAAGGACACACGAACCAUAGCAUUGACGUUGACUUUGAGUUCUGAUGAAUGAUUGUUAAAUUUUGUUAGUUCGUUACAGUGCAUGUGAGCUAGUGUUUUGUCUACGAUCCAAAUCGUUUUUCCACAUGUACUCAAAUUUUGGGUUUGUGUAGUACCGUUCACAAUAAUUAUUGCAAGU